UUUUCAGCUAUUGUUAAUUCGGCUGGUACGCUAAAUGUAUAGUGUAAUUUUUAGAUGCAAUUUAUAUUUUAAUUAAUUUUACGUAUAAAUAUGAAGUGUCUGAAACAUGUAUGCUUCUUAAGAAGAUAUAAUAAUGAUAAAAAGAUAUGUAUCAAGUGCACUUAAUGUAUAAAAAUUUGUGAAGAUAGUGCUCAACAUAUUCGAACAAAUAACUUAAAAACAUGUUGUGAAUAGUGUAAGGUUAAUUUUAUUGAAAGUAUCUUUAAGCCCAUAUAUUCUGUGAGAUUCAUUGAAAAAAUCUAUAACUUUUCCUAAAAAAGCGAAUGGCGUAUCGUACAAAAACCACCCAUUAUUUUAUAGUGAAGGCACAAUUUUUUUGCCGACAACCACUUGGAGGAAACAUAUGCAUAUAUAUUUUAAGACUUAUAAUGCAUUUAUUCGCUUAAUAACUUUUACGUGUAUAUUUGAUUAUAAAUAUUAAUGAAUAAUUGUAGUUGGAGGAGAAGGUGUAUAUAGACUUAGUUGAGGCAGUGAGCAGCUUUUUCGCUGCGUUGGCGUCUGGAUCACUUAUUCAGAAAGAAGUUCAAACAUUUGAUGAAAAAUUGCAACGUGUGCGUUUGAACCAAAAUGCGUCGCCGAAAUUUGAAAUGGAUUUUGAAAGCAGCAAUGUUGCUGACUUUGUCAUUCAUUUUGUUUCUCUUACUCACAAGCUGGAUAUCAUCGAGUCCUUAUCGAAAUAAAUUACCCAUUUUGACGCCAAAACAUUCAGCAAAUUUGCGCGCGCACAAAAAGAUGUCGGAUAAUUAUUUGGACGCUGGUGCAGAGCACGAAGUUGAAGCUCCAAAGCUGAGAGAGUCACAAAAAGAUGUGAUACCUGAGUACCGAAAAUUGUCAAUAUCAGGUGAUCUGAAGAAAGAUUGGCAUGAUUAUUUGGCUAUGGAGCAUGACCAGAAACGAGUUGGGCUCGGCGAACAAGGCAAACGGGCUGAGCUAAAUGACGAGUCACAGAAGGAGUUGGAGCAAAAAAUGUCUUUGGAAAAUGGAUUCAAUGCUUUACUUUCCGAUUCAAUUUCAGUAAACCGUUCCCUUCCCGAUAUUCGUUAUAAAGGAUGUCAAAAAAAGAAAUACCUAGCGAAAUUGCCUUCAGUCAGCAUCGUAAUUCCAUUCUACAACGAGCAUUUGGGUGUACUUAUGCGUUCCGUGCACAGCUUGGUGAAUCGUUCGCCACCUGAAUUGCUAAAGGAAAUAAUAUUAGUGGAUGAUUUUAGUGAUCGCGAGGACUUAUUUCAACAACUUGAACAGUAUGUGGCCGAAAACUUCCCUAAAGUACAAAUUGUCCGUCUGAAAGAACGUACGGGAUUGAUUGGAGCGAGAAUGGCUGGUGCGCGCCAUGCCACGGCCGAAGUGCUAAUAUUUUUGGACUCGCACGUUGAAGCAAACUACAAUUGGCUGCCACCAUUAUUGGAACCAAUAGCACAAAAUAAACGAGUUUCGGUUUGCCCAUUUAUCGACGUAAUUGAUCAUAGUAAUUUCGAGUACAGAGCACAAGAUGAGGGCGCACGUGGUGCUUUCGAUUGGGAAUUCUAUUAUAAACGUUUGCCUUUAUUGCCGGAAGACUUGGUAGAUAAGACUAAACCAUUUAGGAGUCCCAUUAUGGCUGGUGGACUAUUUGCUAUAUCAAGUGAGUUCUUCUGGGAGGUGGGUGGCUACGAUGAAGGGCUUGAUAUUUGGGGUGGUGAACAAUACGAACUGAGUUUCAAGAUUUGGAUGUGUGGUGGUGAACUUUUGGAUGCUCCCUGCUCUCGAAUUGGACAUAUAUACAGAGGUCCACGCAAUUCAAAACCUAGCCCACGAAAAACAGAUUACCUACAUAAGAACUACAAGCGUGUAGCUGAGGUGUGGAUGGACGAGUACAAAGAGUAUAUAUAUGAUCAUGGACAAGGAGUGUAUGAGGGUAUUGACCCAGGCGAUUUGAGUAAACAAAAGGCUAUACGCGAAAAACUUAAAUGUAAAAAUUUUAAAUGGUUUAUGGAAAAUGUGGCAUUUGAUCUGCCCAAGAAGUAUCCGCCAAUAGAGCCACCUGAUUAUGCAUAUGGUGCCAUACAAAGCGACGGUGAACCAACUUUAUGCAUAGAUACAUUAAACAAGCCACGACACUCAAAAAUCGGUCUCUUUCCCUGUGCGCCGAAUCUGAAACAACCGCAAAGAAAUCAAAAUUGGGCUUUGAGUUGGCAGAAAGAUUUGCGUUUACGACGCAAAAUGGAUUGCUUAGACGUACAACAGCAGCCACCGGAUGCACCCGUGUGGCUUUGGGAUUGCCACGGUCAAGGAGGAAAUCAAUUUUGGUUUUAUGAUCGCAAUCAUAAAUGGCUCAUUGCGGGAAAAGGCAGUAAUCGCUGCUUGGAGGCUCAGCCAAGUAAACGGGCUCUUUACAUUAACCAAUGCGACUCUGACAAUGAAUAUAUGAAAUGGAACUUUGGUAAUGUAAAUCAUACAGCGUUAGACCUGUUUGAUCAGCAGGAACCAACAAACUUAUAGUCGAAUAAUAUCUAAACUUGCCUUUUUUGGACCCAGAAAUAAAAUAUAUGUACAUUCAGAAGCAUUCAAUUUUUCGUGUGUAAAACAGUCAUAGUUUAAGUGAAAAUAUUUGAUAUGGAUAGUUUCCAGCCUACUAUGUUUCUACUAUUUGUAUUUAUACAUAUGUUCGUAUACUAAGUAAAACUAUUUUUUAGCCAAUAUUAUACUACAAUUUGUAAUAAUAAGUGUUAUUCUUAUACGUAUAUACAUAGUCGUUUACCCUAGGGAGUAUGAAUAUUUUUUAUUUACUCAGAUGGCACGGCGUUACACUGGUUUAGAACCUUUUAAGUAGGUCUGGUCAAGUAAAUCAGAAACUAUUAAGUAACUAAGAUACUAUAUUAAAAUAAUUUUAGCGCUUUCAAAUUUAUGUUCAGUUAUUUUCAAAUCAGUUUUAAGUGGCUAAGAAGGUUUUAAGAAGGCUAAACGAUUUAUAUGAAAUAGUUGCAAAUUGGCUUGCAAAAUGUUGGCGGCCACCAUAGUCGAAUGGGUUGAUACGUGACUACUAUUCGGGAGUGCGUAGGUUGGAAUAAUAGAAAACCUUUUUUUUUAAUAGCGGUCGCCCCUCGGUAGGCAAUGGCAAACCUCCGAGUGUAUUUCUGCCGUGAAAAAGUUCGUCAUAAAAACCAUUUUCCUUUCGGAGACGGCUUAAAACUGAAGGUGCCUCCAUUUGUGGAAUAACACCAAGACACCCACCACAAAUAAGAGGAGUGCUCGGCCAUACGCCUAAAGGAAGUGAACGGGCCAAUUAUUUAUUUUUAUUUUCAUGUCUGAACCAGGAAGUAUCGGCAAUCGAAGGAAGAAAGCUAACUCAAGGGGAAAGCUAACUCAAAAUGAAUUUUGGCAGUUUUUUGAUAAUAUUCACAGGCCCGUACACAGAAAUGCAAACAAACUCAACAAGUUUUGCAUAAACAAUAACAAUAUUAAAAGUUUUAACAAAAACAAGAGAAAAUGCCUUAAUUAUGACAAUUUGCAAUUGAUUUUUAUGAAUGAGAGCAAUUCGCCGGAAGUGCUGUCGUAAAAUUCACCACAAUUACUUCUAAUCGCUUUUCUCCCUCUAAGCUUAAGGCGUAAAUGUGUGAAGAAAAGUGUUUGUUUAUUCUUUGAUAGCUGAACAA